UUGUAAAAUUGGACUGUUUCGAACUCGAUACCCUCUAGGAACUGUAGCUUAACUUUUUCUAAAUUGUCGUUAACCAUUUUUAGGAAUAAAGAAAAACAAAUUAGGCUUAGCAAAUUACCACAUCUCAACCAUUAGGUAGGUUUUGUCUCAAUUUAUGCACAUCUGUUUAUAUGAUGGUUAUAUGUUGUGGAGUAUCUGUUAAAGAGUCUAAAAAGAUUUUCUUUUUCUUUUUCUUAAUUUUUUCUUGCGGGCUACCAAAUUCACAUCUUCUGACGAUUUCCCUUUAGAAGAUAAGCAUGGAAAAGGAGGAAAAGUGGUAAAUUAGAUGGGGCCUUAUGUUGCUGGUGUUCUUGUUCCUCUGGUAGUAGCUAUUCUCCUCCAGAAUAGAAGAAGUCGGAAAAAGCGAGGCUUGCCUGUUGAUGUUGGUGGUGAACCUGGCUAUGCUAUCAGAAACCGUCGGUUUAGUGCACCGGUAGAAACAGCAUGGGAAGGAAUCACAACCCUGGCAGAGCUUUUUGAGUAUUCAUGCAAGAAGUACCAUCACAAGAAGUUACUAGGAACUCGGAAACUGCUUUCCAGAGAGAUGGAAAUAUCUUCAGAUGGAAGGUCAUUUGAGAAACUUCACUUGGGUGAUUAUGAGUGGUUGAGUUAUGGUCAGACAUUUGAGAUUGUGUGCAACUUUUCCUCUGGUUUGGCAGCACUUGGGCACAGAAGAGAAGAACGUGUGGCUAUUUUUGCUGAUACAUGUGAAGAAUGGUUAAUUUCAUUACAGAGUUGCUUCAGACGCAAUGUGACAGUGGUUACUAUUUAUGCAUCGCUUGGUGAAGAGGCCCUGUGUUACUCACUAAAUCAGACAGAGGUUACUACCGUCAUUUGUGGGCAAAAGGAACUAAAGAAACUUGUAGACAUUAGUGGACAACUUGAUACCGUCAAACGUGUGAUAUGCAUGGACAAUGAGAUUCCAUCAAGUGCCGUCGUUGCUGCAGGGAACAACUGGGAAUUGAAGACAUUUUCCGAGGUGGAAACACUUGGCCGAGAAAACCCUGUUGACCCAGAUUUACCUCUUGCAGCUGAUAUUGCAGUGAUCAUGUAUACCAGUGGAAGUACUGGUCUGCCCAAGGGUGUGAUGAUGACACACAGGAAUGUUCUCGCUACAGCUUCUGCUGUUCUGAAAAUUGUACCCGGUCUUGGAAGCAAGGAUGUUUACUUAGCAUACCUGCCGCUUGCUCAUAUUCUCGAGAUUGCAGCAGAGACCAUAGUACCUGGGAUUGGUGGUUCUAUAGGAUAUGGUUCUCCUCUGACCCUUACUGAUACAUCAAAUAAGAUAAAGAAAGGAACUAAAGGAGAUGCCUCUAUGUUAAGGCCAACUGUGAUGGCAGCUGUCCCAGCAAUUCUUGAUCGGGUUCGAGAUGGUGUACGUAAAAAGGUAGAUGCUGCAGGCGGACUAUCCAAAAAGCUGUUUGAUUUGGCAUAUUCUCGUAGACUGUCUGCAAUUAAUGGUAAUUGGCUUGGAGCUUGGGGCUUAGAAAGACAUUUCUGGAACCUCUUAGUGUUUAAGAAGGUUCAAGCAAUUCUGGGCGGCCGUAUCCGUUUUAUCCUGUCAGGAGGAGCUCCUCUCUCUGGAGAUACUCAGAGAUUUAUCAACAUAUGCCUUGGUGCUCCAAUAGGCCAAGGUUAUGGUCUUACUGAGACCUGUGCUGGUGGAACAUUUAGUGAUUAUGAUGAUACUUCUGUUGGACGUGUUGGUCCUCCACUCCCUUGCUCGUACAUCAAGUUGAUAGAUUGGGCUGAGGGUGGGUAUCUAACAAGUGAUUCCCCAAUGCCUCGAGGUGAAAUUGUUAUUGGUGGACCAAAUGUUACCGUUGGAUAUUUCAAAAAUGAGGAGAAGACGAAAGAAGCGUACAAGGUUGACGAGAGAGGAAUGAGUUGGUUCUACACAGGUGACAUAGGGCAAUUUCAUGCAGACGGUUGCCUUGAGAUAGUUGACCGUAAAAAAGACAUUGUUAAACUUCAGCACGGGGAAUAUGUUUCCUUGGGGAAGGUUGAGGCUGUUCUCAGUGUCAGUCCGUAUGUUGACAAUAUAAUGGUGCAUGCCGAUCCUUUCCAUAGUUAUUGUGUAGCUAUAGUGGUGGCCGCUCAGGCUGCUGUGGAAGACUGGGCUAGGAAGAACGAAAUUAACUUUGGCAAUUUUCCAGAGUUGUGUCAGAAGGAAGAAACUAUCCAGGAGGUGUACGCUUCCUUAGUGAAGGCAGCGAAGGCUGCUCGUUUAGAAAAAUUUGAGAUCCCGGGGAAGAUCAAGUUGCUAGCAGAAGCAUGGACUCCAGAAUCUGGCCUUGUUACUGCAGCUUUGAAGCUGAAGAGGGAUGCCAUUAAGAAGGCCUUCUCAAAUGAACUAGCUCAGUUAUAUUCUUCAUGAUUGAUUAUACAGAGAGAGCAACUCUUUUCUUGUUAACAAGACCCCCCCCCCCCCCCCCCCCCUUUUUUUUUUCUUUUCUUUUGGAGAGACGUGAAAGCAGAGUUUUUUUUUUUUUUUUUUUCCAAUAAAUAUUUGUAAACUAUAGGCUUUUUGAUAUGUGAUGUUUUUAUUUCUGA